AUGGAAGAUCUCGAAGAAGAGGAGCCUGAAGAAGAAGAGUUGGAGGAAGAAUCGAAGGAUGAUUUAGAUGAUGAUCCGGAGCCGAGAACUCCUGCCAAGAGGACCAGUAGGGCUAUAACUUGGGGUAGAGUGUCGACCAGGAUUGGUACUCAAGGCAGAGAUAGGACACAGGUACAGGCUAGUGCCAGUGGAGUAGCACCACCUCCUGUUGGUGUUGGGGUAGAAGGCCCCGUUGAUUCCAAGAUAAAAGGGAUCAUGCGGGUGUUGGAAGUUAUGGGAAACAUAAUGGAUCAGCAGUUCUUCGAUGGACGAAGAGAGGGUCCCGUGCCGGAAGAGGACGUGCCACAAUUCGUUAUAGAAGAAGCUUUUGGUGAGGUCACAGCAGACCCUAAGGACGGAGCAGUAGAAGAUGCUAAGGAUCUCGUACUCAGGAGUGAGCCAGAAUCUCCUGUGUACUCGAUUGAGGACUCUAUCGAGUGUGAAGUGGAAGAAGAAGCUAUCAAGCAGGAGGAGGAACCGGAAGAGGACCAAGGGAUGGAAGAUCCCGAAGAAGAGGAGCGUGAAGAAGAAGAGUUGGAGGAAGAAUCGGAGGAUGAUUUAGAUGAUGAUCCGGAGUAUGACCCGGAUGAGGACUGA